AUGUCUCUUCCUCCCAUAUCCAUUGUGUAUUGGACACCUUUCUUCACUCAACCUUACAAUGAUGGUACAAACUUGGAUGUGUCUUGCUCAAAACCUCCUGAUCUCGACAUUGAAGGAGACUCUUGGUGCACAGUAACCAGCAAUCGGUCCCUUGUCAACGAUGCAGCAGCCAUUGUCUUUCACGCCUUUGACUACAACGACAACGAUGUACCAGACCAUGCAGUGGGACAGCCGUGGAUUCUAAUGACCAUGGAGUCGCCCAUCAAUCCACCCUUCCGACGCGAUGAAGCCAAGAUGCAUACCUUUGAGUACCUUGCGUCAUACAACUUGCAGAGUCGAUUCUUUAUGGGAUACUAUUCACCGAAUAUCCUCAAUGCAGUGAACCAGCCUCCACCUGAAAUGAGCAGCAAAACAGGAGAUAGUCCAGUGCUAUGGAUCGCUUCCAAUUGUGAUGCAUGGAGUGGAAGACAUCAUUACGUCCGAGAAUUGAUGAAGUACAUCAACAUUGACAGCUAUGGCACAUGCCUCAACAACAAAGCAUUCCCUGAUAAUGUAUCCCGCGACGAAUUAAUGGGUCAAUACAAGUUCUAUCUUGCUAUCGAGAACUCCAAUUGCGACGAUUACGUUACUGAAAAGCUGUUUGAUACAUUUCAAUCAUCCACUGUACCCAUUGUCGAUGGUCCACCCUUGUACGAUUCUUUUUUACCCAAUGCACGUUCAGCCAUUCGAAUGGAUGCUUAUCCGGAUCCACGUGAACUUGCCGACUAUUUGCAUUAUCUCGAUCAAAAUGACACUGCCUAUCUUGAAUACUUCAAUUAUCGCAACCAGGACAUGGAGCUACAACAACGUGUCAGUGAGCCCUUCUUGAGCCAAUGGGGUGAUUGGGAACGUUUCAACAACAAGAGUGGUUGGUGUGGUAUAUGCCGAGGGGUUGCGUCAUGGUGGCAAGCAAGGCAUAACACAACAAUGAUGGAUUAUCCUCGUGAUAUGGGACAAUACCUGCGAACGGAUCGCUCUUGCAUACCAGAAGGCAAAUGGGAUUAUGUACGGCAAGGCCCACCCUACAUUCCUCAUUGGAAACCUACCUUACCUGAUGAGUUUACUCGCCCAUGGAUCAAAAAACGGCUUCCUAUCUAUCAACAACCGGGCGGCCUCGGUGAAAACUCUGGCAUGUCAAUUCGUACCAUGUGGGGUGUCUAUACAUUACUUUACAUUCUAUUCUUUGUCUUUGUUGCUAUGUUACUCUAUACCAAACGCAGGCGUGGUCAUCAAUAA